ACAAGGACGUUUGCUCGUCAUUCCCACAGGUUUCUGCGGUCCCCAGUUUCCUCAGCAGCAACAGCUGUAAUCCGAGCAGCCGGCGGGCGGGUCACCCUCGUGUGAGCUCCCACUGCAAACAGCAGCAUCAUUAGCGUUCGUAACAGCAACACCCUCCGCAGCUCCUCACACAAACACAGCUGCCCUGGGCCCCACCGGACACUGCUCUCCCGCCCGCGGCCCCCAAUACUGAACAAUACACGCGGGACAGAGGAGGAAGUGGAAACAGGAGGAAGGGAGGAGAAAUAAGGAGGCAGGAUCGGGGGGGGGAUAAGGGCCCCGACCAACCGGGGUGUGGAGAGAGGGAAGGCUCUCGGUGUGGGAGCGCUCAGUGUGGCCGACAUCCAGCCGUGAGAAAAUCGUUAUUCGUUCAAAGUGAAAAGAAAUCCAAAGAUGGCGGCAAAUAAGCCUAAGGGACAGAACUCGUUGGCAUUGCAUAAAGUCAUCAUGGUUGGAAGUGGUGGUGUGGGAAAAUCUGCUUUAACCCUUCAGUUUAUGUAUGAUGAGUUUGUAGAAGACUAUGAACCUACCAAAGCGGAUAGCUACCGUAAGAAAGUUGUGCUGGAUGGAGUGGAGGUCCAGAUUGACAUCUUGGACACAGCUGGGCAGGAAGACUAUGCAGCCAUCAGAGACAAUUACUUCCGAAGCGGGGAGGGUUUCCUCUGUGUCUUUUCCAUCACAGAACAAGAAUCUUUUGCUGCUACUGCAGAUUUUAGGGAACAGAUACUACGUGUGAAAGAAGAUGAGAAUGUUCCCUUUCUUCUUGUCGGAAACAAAUCGGAUCUGGAAGAUAAGAGGCAGGUUUCUGUAGAAGAAGCAAAGAGCAGAGCUGAUCAGUGGAAUGUUAACUAUGUCGAAACCUCAGCGAAGACUCGGGCUAAUGUGGACAAGGUGUUCUUUGAUUUGAUGCGAGAAAUUCGUGCCCGAAAGAUGGAAGACAGUAAAGAGAAAAAUGGGAAGAAGAAAAGAAAAAGCUUAGCCAAAAGGAUAAGGGAAAGAUGUUGCAUUUUAUAAUGAAGGCCCUAUUGCACCCUCCUUUUUUUUUUUUUUUUCUUUUGUCUUUUAUUGAUGAGAACCAUUACCUGUUAGCAUGUCCCAUGCAGCUCAGCUGAUCGGCUGUGCUGAUCAUUACAAAGACAUUACAAUAUACCGGAAGCAUGAUUUGGACGCUGCUCUGGACAGACAUUCAACUUCACUGACACAAAAAAGGGAAAAAGAAAAAAUCUCUGCAAUAUUCUUAUUUGUACAGUGUUUCUGAAUGUACACAUUUUGCGCGAAGCAGCAAUAGUCUGUAAACACUUUACAGUAAUGGCUGGGGUGAGUGGUUGUUCUGAUAAUGUCCUAUUAAUCAUUCUCUGCUCUCAGAAAGAUCAGCAGCACUCUGUAGCAAACUGGGGUCGCAACUGUUUUACAGUGAUCUGCUAGAUGCUUUACAGGUAACUAGGCCAUUCAGCCCCUGUCAUAGCCUCAUAUGCACAGUAGAUCUGAAUAUGCCUUAUAGUAGACCUCGCAAAAAGUCAUGAAGACUAAACGUGAAGUUUUCACAUGUAGUAGCAUCAACCUACAUAUGAACUGAUAGUGAUCUUACACAAUCUCAGACCUAAGGCUGGGGCUAUAUAGUGACUUCAGACAAAACGCGUCACACGGCCAAAGAUGGCAGUGUGGCACCACCUGUUUUACAAAAAAAUGAAAGUGAAUGGGCCGGUGUUGAAACGCACAGUUUGCUGCGACUGCAACACUACAGCCUCAAGAAAUCCUGCAGGUUGAAGUUUCUUGAAGCUAUUGUGUUGCUGUAAUUUGCUGGUAGCAACAUGAACUUAUUCUCUUUUAUUAGUUGCAAUGCAUUUACACUGAGAUCUUUGGCCACGACGCACGUCGCACAGCCAAAGUCGUGGUGUAAUCAAUCUGGGAAAAAUUUCAGGUAAUUAAUAUAAAAAUGCAGCGGCCCAUUGGAAGCUUAUUUUCUGAGCUAUAGAAUCUAUCAGCUUAAUAUGACUUAUUUAAUUAACCUGAUAUCUUUUGGAGCAUUUGGCUGUUAUUAACAAGCAUUUUGCUAGCAUCACAGUUAUAAGGCCUUCAAUAAUACCAUAUGUGGUUUAUUACCUGAGGGCACCUUGCAAGACACCCCAUUAUCAUGGUCCUCUAUUUUAUAGGACAUAUUGUAUUUUUAUUAUAUACCUCUUCUAGAGCAAGUCAAUUUAUGUUUUGACUGUAUAUUUCCUAAUGUGAUUUCAGUUGAAAUACGGAAUUCUAGGUUUAUAUGGGACAUUGCUACGCUCUAGGAAGAAGGGUGGUCCAUGCACGUACGGUAUAUCUUUGAUUUGAAUAGACUUCUAUAGUAACGACGAUUUAAACAGAAAACCAGAGACCUAGAAGUGAUGGCUAGCAUCAGUACACAGACUUUUAUUAGUAUACUGUGGGUGCAAUAUAAAGAACAACCAUAGGGAUACAUGAGCACUCUAACAUGCAGCACUUUGAAUGUAAUCCCUGGAGAAAAAUACAAGGAGAAGGUAAAACCUUCAAGCAUAGUUAUCUGACAAAAGGCAAAUAACCACGAGCCUGGUUUAGGCUUCGGAUAAGCACUUCAGACUUGGUGAGAUAUAGCCCUUAAAGAGUUUGUUCCAUAUGACCUUGCAGGCUUUACUUGGGGCAGUUAAGUAGAUGAUCUGAGGUUGUUUAUCACAUUCGUAUUUCCUACUUGCAGGAUAAAGCAGCUAGAGCAAAAAGUCAACGCGUGGCGCUAACAUUAUAUAGAAGUUACUAAGACUGCUGGGGCAUAUUGUCUGUCCCUAUUACUCGAAUGUGUUAUGUCCUGACUGUGGGGUUUACUGACCCAAAUUCACAACAUCAUAUGUUUCUACAAAGCCGUGAGUUUGGAUCCGUUAAUCCCACAGUCGGGCAGUGAGUAAUAUGGAUGCAUAAUACAUCAUGCUCUGGUCUUAGCCUUUGGCUUUUUCCAUUGGCAUUAUGAUAUUUUCUGCAUUUUCUCCUAGCACAUAAGGCUUUUUUAUCUAACCUCUAGAAAUUCACUGUAACUCACCUACAGUUCUAUAAUUGUCAUUAUUAAGUUUUUAUGACUAAUUACAGUAAAAAGACUCUAUACUUCCCAUUAAAGAGUUAUGAAGAGCUUUAAAUUUCUCAGUUCCAUGUGUCAGCAUUGUAACCAUCAGGAGUGACUCCCCCUUUCCCGCAGAUUGUUCUCCAACAUGCUGACCGAGCUUCAUUUUUUUAAAAAUUUUCCCCAAACUAUUUAGUCUGCACAGUUUUGGAGGGAUAUAUCCCUUAUGGUAUAUAUUACAUGACUGUGAUUCAUUGUGUACCACACUCAGCAACUUGGGGAAAUAGAGAGUCUUUCAAGACAUGGAGUAUGGCCGUGAAUUUUUCAUCACAUGUUAAUAAGCUAAGAAACACUGAAUACAUUCAAGCAUAAAAUAACCUUCCAGUUCUCAGCUGUAUGUAAAUGGUAAUUUCACUAUUCAUCACCAAGAAUAUCCAGCAAGCAUUACAUGAGAUAUGGGGGCACUGAGAACCUCUUCAUUUACUUACUGUGAUUUGUUUCUUUGUUGUACUCUAAGGUUUCUGACCACUAAUGCUUUAGGCUGGGUCUACACAGGUGACUGGAAACCACCAUGGUUUUGUUAGAUAUUUCUGUGGGUUAAACUCCAUGACUGGUUUUAGUUUACUAUGACCAGCCCAUAGAUCUUGCUCAUAGAAACAUGUAUGAAUCGUCUACAUCCAACGUCAUCUGUGUAGCUACAGUCUUAAAGUGCACUUGAUGCCUGCACACAUUAGUUACAAUCAUUUUGUUUGGUGGACCAGUAUACAUGAGGAUGUAUCCUAUGAAUUCAGCUGGAACAAGUGCCUCAUGCAGGUAAUCCAUGAAGUGUUUUAGAUAUUCCUCUAGACCCUAUAGAAUUGAUAAGUUGCUUUCUCAUGACUAUCUUUUCUGCACACAAAAUGGCUGCCUUCCACGUGUGUAGGCACGGAGUUCACUUUCAGUAGUUUUGCAGCUAUGAUGUUGGGUACUGUGGCAUUAUGAAGCUACUGGAAACAAUAUAUAGGCUGAUUCCACUGCCCAAUUUUAUAUUUUUGCCAUGGAGCCAUUUCAAGUUAAAUAAAGUUCAUUUUUGUAAUUGUGCUGUA